UAAAAGAGAGAAAGUGAAAGAAAAGAGAAAAAAGAGAUACGUCCAAGGCUUGACCUCUAACUUCAUCCACUCUUCUGCACUCUCCUCCUGACCUAAACACAUAAAAGGAUGAAUGCUUGUGAAUAUCCGACGGUGUAAAAACCCCAAUAUUUAAAUACUAAAAUGGAUUUUUUUCUAACUAAUGUGCUGCUAAUGGUUGAUUUUGUACAAUUAUAAAUGCACUAAAUCUGAAAUAAGCACAAACAUGCUGCUGAGAAGGCCAGUGUGUGUGUGUGUGUGUGUGUGUGUGUGUGUGUGUGUGUGUGUGUGUGUGUGUGUGUGUGUGUGUGUGUGUGUGUGUGUGUGUGUGUGUGUGUGUGUGUGUGUGUGUGUGUGUGUGUGUGUGUGUGAGUGAGAGUGAGACACUCCUGGGACUAAAAUGUCUAAGUGCAAAAGUAGCCAUAAAGGCAAACUGAUGUAAAAACUGAUGUAACGUGACAUGUUACCUUGUUCUACAUACGCUGGUGAAAAUCCACUCUGCUCUGCUACAUAACAGAUGAAUUACCUCACAACAGCAGACAGAUGGUUUGUGCUAAAUUGGCCUUUUCUUUCCCUUUUCCUCUUUUCAGCGGGGGCAUUAGUGUUGACGUGUGGAGGCGAGGGGAGGCAGAUGCUUCCUGCUUUGUAGUGUUUCCAUGUCACUGGCGUAAUUAGCAAUGCACAGACCCCUGCUCUGUGGAGACACGUGAAUGUAUGUGUGUGUGUUUAAGUUCCAGGAGUUUUAUUUUUGCCAGUGUGUGUGUGUGUGUGUGUGUGUGUGUGUGUGUGUGUGUGUGUGUGUGUGUGUGUGUGUGUGUGUGUGUGUGUGUGUGUGUGUGUGUGUGUGUGUGUGUGUGUGUGUGUGUGUGGACUUCCAGCUGUGCCACUUUGAAGUUGGGCAGCCAGAAAAGUCAAACGGGUGAGAAUCUGACUGAGUUGCAUCACAACUCUCCUGUUACAGGUCUGUGGUGGACAAACACGUUAAACGAGCCGGGGAGGACUCGUGUCAUGUGUGCACACACAAAACAGGAAACUAUUUCAAGUUUUUAAAUCAUAAUCAGUAAAUCAGUGCAUGGCAUUCUUCAAUACUGGGGCCUAAAAUCCCGUCUGCAUGUGUCGAAUGCACAUAAAGUUUCAAACUAAAAUGAUAGAUUUGAAUUUUCUUAGUAAAAAUGUGUUCAAGCUUCUUUUAAUUGGGCUGCUUGUUUUGGAAAAGCCAGCAUAUGUCAACACGAGGAAGUGGAAAGCAUCCUACAUGCUUGCCAUCUGUGCAAGAAACUGUCCAUCAGUUCUGCACACGUGCACAUUAAACAAAAAUAAAUGAACAUGCUCAAAUCCACAGCCUUCGGCUGCUUUAUGCACAAAAAUCUAUAUUAUUGCAGCAAUUCUUAAGUCUUUUAACAAGAAUCUCAUCACUGAUGAUUUCAAGGCCUUAGCAAAUUAUAAAUCAACUCUGUCAGUAAUCAUUUCAGAAAGAAGCACCACUUUUUACUACAGCCAUAGUUUUUUCUUACAAGACUUGUCUUUUCUGUUAUUUAUUUAUUUAUUUGUUUUUUGUUUUAGUCUGAAGACCCCACUUAGAGUUGAAGAGUCAGUUUAAAUCUCUUUAUGAUCCACUGAACCAGUUUCCUGAUCUGGACCAGUCUGGGCUCCACCACAGGAGCAUUAUUUAUUUCACCUGUAGCUAAACGGAAACAAAAAGGACUGAACUAUCUCAGCUGAGUCACCUGAGCACAUGUGAUGAUAUUUAACUGUCUCAUUUCCCCUAACAGGCAGGAAUGCUAGCAUACCUGUCAAAGGAAAGGGGCAGUCCUAGGAAAGGUGUGUUGUCAUCUGUUUUAACUCAAGCCUCUUACAGAAACCCACAGCAGGAGGUGAUGUCUCAGAGCAGACGGCCUUUUAGCUUGUGAGGAUGAAAUUGUGGUGAGAAGAGCCAGAUCCAGCUGAGCCAUGACGUGGAGGAGCCCUCUGGCCCUGGUGAGGGAUGCUCUGCAAGGUCAGAGGGCACGGGAGAAGGAGCUCCGCAGCUUGGUGUCCAACCUGCCUUAUGAGGGACAGGAGAAGGGGAAGCAGCCCAACCGCUUCUUCUCAUCCAACUCCAUCAAGACCACCAAAUAUUCUCCUCUGUUUUUUAUUCCCAUGAACCUUUAUGAGCAGUUCCACCGCCUAGCAAACGUCUACUUUGUGGGAUUGGCUAUUUUGAACUUUAUCCCCGUGGUGAAUGCCUUCCAGCCAGAGGUAGCUCUGAUCCCCAUCUGUGUCAUCUUGUCUCUGACGGCCCUGAAGGAUGCCUGGGAGGACUUUAGAAGGUACCAGUCGGACAGGAAGGUCAACAACACGCCGUGUUUCGUCUACAGCAGGAUGGAGAAACAAUUCGUGGAGAGGCGGUGGAAGAACGCACGAGUGGGAGAUUUUGUGAAGGUGGUAUGCAAUGAGAUCGUCCCUGCAGACCUCCUCCUACUCCACUCGCCAGACCCAAAUGGCGUCUGCUACAUAGAGACAGCCAACCUGGAUGGAGAAACCAACUUGAAGCAGAGGACAGUUGCGAAUGGUCUCUGCACAUCGGAUUGUGGAUUUGAACCAGAGAACUUCAACUGCAAAGUGGUGUGUGAAAAGCCCAACAACAACCUGAAUCAUUUCAAGUGUUAUCUAGAGAAACCUAAUGAAGAGAAGGUGGGUGCUGGCAUCGAGAGUCUGCUGCUGCGAGGCUGCACAGUGAGAAACACUAACCAUGCUGUUGGAUUUGUGGUGUAUGCAGGCCAUGAAACCAAGUCCAUGCUCAACAACAACGGGUCGAGAUACAAGCGCAGCAAACUGGAGCGGAAGCUAAACAUAGACGUCUUCUUCUGCGUCAUUCUCCUUUUCACCAUGUGCCUCAUUGGAGCACUAGGUCACUUCCUGUGGCUGGAGUCGCUGCCUGGUGUGCCCCCGUACCUGGUUCCUGACAGCAGCGGGCACCUGGACAGUCCUGGUCUGACUAGCUUCUAUAUGUUCUUCACCAUGAUCAUCCUGCUACAGAUUCUGAUUCCCAUUGCUCUCUACGUGUCGAUUGAACUGGUGAAGAUUGGUCAGAUCUUCUUUAUCACUAAUGACUUGGAUCUGUAUGAUGAGGAGACAGACAGCCGUAUGCAGUGCAGAGCUCUGAACAUCACAGAGGACCUCGGACAGAUCGAGUACAUCUUCUCAGACAAGACGGGAACACUCACCGAGAACAAGAUGGUGUUCCGCCGAUGCUCCAUCAUGGGCACCGAGUUUCCACACAAAGAAAACGCCAUCCGCCUGGCCAUUCUUGCUGAGCCUGAAUCUGAAGAGGAGAUCAUCUUCAACCACCAUUCACAAACCCCACAAACCAGCUGGUACUUAGGCGCUGAGGACAGCAGCCCCAUAGACUCACAUCGUCAUGACAACUGGAGGAAAAACAAAAUUUUGGAAAAUGCCCGGAGUGAUGUGGCCUUCAGCAGUCCACUGGAAACGGAGGUGAUUCCAGACGGGAAGCUGGUUCAGCAGAUUAAAAGAGCAGAGAGCAGCAGCCGCAGAGGCGGUGGCCGAAAGAUACAUCCAUACCUGGACUUCUUUCUGGCUCUCACCAUUUGCAACACAGUGAUGGUUUCUAUGGCAACAGCAAAGAGAGAGAGGGCACACGUGUCUCCCCGCUCCUCCCAGACUAAUAACCCUCUAGAAACCUUUUCCAAUCUGAUCAAAAAGGCCAGUCUCUUCUGCCAACGCAAACCCAAGAGGAACCGUACCCGAUCAGAAGACCCGGCUGUAGGCUCUGCGAAGAUGGAAAGUGCUGCAGACACAAACGGAGUCCAGACGUGUUCCCUCCAUCCUCUGUCUCAGAGGGACAGGCCUGCGGCCGCCUCCCAGAGUCUGCACUAUGAAGCACAGAGUCCAGAUGAAGCUGCUCUGGUGCACGCAGCCAGGGCAUACGGCUUCAUCCUGCUGGCCCGCACCCCCGACACUGUGAGUGUGAGGCUCCCGUCCGGGCAGGUCCUAGAUUUUGAGGUGCUGGACACCUUGACCUUUGACUGUACCAGGAAGAGAAUGUCUGUUCUGGUGCGACAUCCAGUCACCAGAGAGUGUGUGCUGUACACUAAAGGUGCAGACUACGCCAUCAUGGAGCUGCUGGGAACACCUUAUGCAGAACACUUGAGUGGAAAUCAGAAAGACGUAGCAGCUGUUACUCAGCAUCACCUCGACUGCUAUGCCAAGGAGGGCCUCCGUACUCUGUGCGUUGCAAAGAAGGUUGUGAGCGAAGACGUGUACAGAAGCUGGUUAGUGGACAGGAAGAGAGCUCAGGCUUCUAUGGACAACAGAGAGCAGCUCAUCAUGGAAACAUCUGUGCAGCUGGAGACUGACCUCACCCUGCUGGGGGCAACGGGCAUCGAGGACCGUCUGCAGGAGAGCGUCCCAGAAACCACGGUGGCUCUGCGAGAGGCAGGGAUCCAUGUGUGGGUGCUGACAGGUGACAAGCCAGAGACGGCUGUCAACAUCGGCUAUGCCUGCAGGCUUCUGGAGGAGGAGGACCUGGUGAUUAACAUGAGCUGCAAAAACAAGUUGACAUGUACAUCCAUCCUGGACUGCACUCUGGAGGAGGUGAGGAGGUACGAGGAGGACCCCUGUAACGUGGACACCACCCAGAACAUCGCCCUGGUGAUCGAUGGAAACACCGUGUCCAUGGCUCUGUCCCCGGACCUGCAGGACCGGUUUGUGGACCUGGCGAAGCGCUGCCGCACCGUGCUGUGCUGCAGGGUCACCCCCCUACAGAAGAGUGAAGUGGUGAAACUCAUACGAGAGAAACUCAAAGUCAUGACGCUUGCUGUUGGUGAUGGUGCAAACGACGUUAACAUGAUCCAAGCAGCGGAUGUUGGCAUUGGGAUAUCCGGUCAGGAGGGCAUGCAGGCGGUCAUGGCGAGUGACUUUGCCAUAUCUCGGUUUAAGCACCUGAGGAAACUCCUCCUGGUUCACGGACACUGGUGCUACACCCGACUGGCCAACAUGAUCAUUCACUUCUUCUACAAGAAUGUGGCCUACGUGAACCUCCUGUUCUGGUACCAGUUCUUCUGUGGAUUCACCGGCACUGCUAUGAUUGACUACUGGCUGAUGAUCUUCUUCAACCUUUUCUUCACCUCUGUGCCGCCCAUCAUGUUUGGGAUCUUUGACAAAGACGUUUCUGCAGAGGUGCUGAUGGGAGUUCCUGAGCUGUACAGGAUGGGUCAAGGAAAAGGGGAAUAUAACUUCCUAAGUUUCUGGAUUUCCAUUCUGGAUGCCUUCUAUCAGAGUCUUGUGUGCUUUUUUAUUCCUUAUUUGGCCUAUCAGGACUCAGAUGUGGACAUGUUCACCUUUGGGACUCCAAUGAACACUGUGGCUUUAUUUACCAUUUUGCUGCAUUUGUCAAUAGAAAUUAAAUCCUGGACGCUGGUCCACUGGAUUACCAUGCUGGGCAGCGUGGGGCUGUACUUCAUUGUUACUCUUGCCUACAAUGCCACCUGCAUUACCUGUAAUCCUCCGUCCAAUCCCUACUGGAUCCUCCAGAGCCAGAUGGCCGAUCCCAUGUUCUACCUGAUCUGCACCAUCUCCACGGUGGCGGCCCUGCUACCCAGGUACAUGUUUCACGUGCUGAAGAACUCCAUCUCCCCCUCUCCGCUCUUACAAGGCCGGCUUCUGGACAGGAGGGACCCAGAUACAAAAGCUCUGCGGAUUCAAGAGUGGAGGGGCUUCAGGGGAGGAGGAGAGCAGGUCAAACGCUACCGGCUGUCUCCACCACCCUCUCCCACUCUGGACACCCCUGUGGACUAUGUUCCUGAGUUUGAUCUCACGGGAGACGAUUUCUCACUGAAUGUCAUCACUCAUCAGUCGACUGUGCACACAUGAGGGGGAGCGAAGAGCAUUGGGAUGAUAAUUUAUUUGGAAAUUUGUAAAUACCUGAAUUGACUUGUGUGAGUAAUGUCUUCUUUAUGGGGGGAACGUAAUCUAAGCAGGGAGACACACUUUUCCUCCUCCCUGGCUGGAGUUCAUUUUGCAAUAAACUACUUCAUUAACACAUGUAGGUCAACAUCUUCUUCCUCUCCUCAUAACAAAGUACCAUUAUGCUUUCCUGAUGAGUUUUUAGCACACAGUGGUAACCCAGUUAGUCAUGCCACCCACUCCUCAAAAAUGGCCUUUUCCAGAACAAAACACUUACCUGGUUGAAUAUCA